AUGGCCCCGAGAUCCAGCGCUGCUGAGCUGCUUGGGCUGCUCUUCUUCGUUAAAAUGUCUUUCCUAUUUGCCGGUUUCCCAGUUGGCAAAUUUGCAGCCAAAGAGAAGGCGCGGGAGCAGCUUUCGGCUUCGCAGCAAGAGGCCAUCGGGCGGGCGUGCACUUCGCGGCGGCUGCUGUGUCGGGCUGCGCGCCCCGGUGCUGCAGCGGGAAAUGGGAAGACAAAGGGCCCCAAUUUGGAAAAGGCGUUCCUUUUGAGUGCAGUUCACUUUUCACCUCGAACGGACGUGGAGCCGCACGAGGAGCGCGAAGCUGGCCCCGGGCCGAAGCCGCGGCUGCGGAGCGCGGCGGCUGGGCAGCGGCGCAGGGCGGGUAGUGGCGCGCAGCAGCCGAGGCGCAUGCGCGCAUGCACGCGCAUGCACGCGGACGCGCGCGGACGCGGGCAGGUGGGGGUGCCCCGGCUGGUGGUGUUUUUGAACAAAAUGGAUGUGGUCGAGGACUUGGAGCUCGUCGAGCUUGUGGAGCUCGAGGUGCGGGAGCUGCUGUCGCUGUACGGGUACGAGGGGGAGAAGACUCCCUUCAUAAGGGGCUCUGCGCUGAAGGCCCUCGAAGGAGACCCUGGGGAGUACGGAGUGCCUGCGGUGAAGAAGCUUUUGGAUGCUUGUGAUGAGUACAUUCCUGAGCCCGAACGGAAAUGUUCCCUCCCGGUCAUUUUGCCCAUCGACCAGGUCCUCUCCAUUCCAGGCAAGGGCACGGUGGUCACCGGGCGGCUGGAGCAGGGCACUCUGCGCCCGGGGAUGAGCCUCGAGCUCGUCGGCCUGGGGGCCCCCCGCGGCCAGAAGCUCGUCGUGGGGGCCCUCGAGACCUUCCGCAAGACCCUCUCCGAGGCCAUUGCCGGCGACCAGGUGGGCGUGCUGGUGAAGGGCGCGCGGCGCGAAGAGCUGCGGCGGGGGAUGGUGCUGAGCGGCGGCGGGCUGCGGGGCUGCAUGCGCUUCAAAAGCGAACUGCUGGUGCUGCGCGGCGAAGAGGGCGGCCGCAGCAAACCCUUCUUCUCGGCCUACCGCCCGCAGCUCUUUCUCCGCACGGCGCACGUCCCCGCCGCCGUGCUGCUGCCCCCGGGCACCGAGAUGGCAAUGCCCGGAGACCGCUUGAACGUGGAGGUGCAGCUGGAGCAGCCGCUGGCGCUGCAGCCGCAGCUGCGCUUUGCGCUGCGGGAGGGAGGCAAGACUGUUGCUGCGGGAUUGGUCACCGAAAUCCUCGAUUGA